UCAGCGCGGCCGGACACGCGGAGCGAGCUCGGGGAGGGUGGUCUCCGGGGCCCUCAGCACCCAGGCGGAAGACAUCGAGGUGGAACGAGAUGGGGUCAGGCCUAGCGGGAAUUGUCGGUGCCAUGUGGCAGGUGACUGUUUUGGUGAUCCUGCUGAUGUUCUUCCCUGGUGGCGACGGACUGUUUCGCUCCCUAUACAGAAGUGAACGGGUUUCCUUGCCCUUUAAGGGAAACGCAGGACAGCCAUUAUUUCUCACUCCCUAUGUUGAAGCUGGGAAGAUCAUACAAGGGAGACAGCUGAGCGUGGUGGCGCCUUUCCCCAGACAGCACGUGGAGAGCUACGCCGGCUUCCUCACCGUGAACAAGAGUUUCAACAGCAACCUCUUCUUCUGGUUCUUCCCGGCGAUGGCAGAUACGGCGAACGCCCCCGUGGUUCUCUGGCUGCAGGGCGGCCCGGGAGGCUCAUCCAUGUUUGGACUCUUUGUGGAACACGGACCUUAUUUCAUCACAAAGAACCUGACCAUGCGUGCCCGAGACUUCCCCUGGAGCAGUACCCUGUCCAUGUUGUACAUCGAUAACCCUGUCGGCUCAGGUUUCAGCUUCACUGAUGACCCCAAGGGAUACGCAGUCAGUGAGGACGAUGUGGCUCGAGAUCUAUUCAGCGCGCUAAUUCAGUUCUUCCAGCUGUUUCCUGAGUACCAAAAGAACGACUUCUAUGCCACAGGAGAGUCCUAUGCAGGCAAAUACGUGCCGGCACUUGCACACUAUAUCCACACACUCAACCCCAUCCUGUCGGUGAAGAUCAAGCUGAAAGGGAUCGCCAUCGGGGAUGCCUAUUCCGAUCCUGAAUCAAUCAUAGGGGGCUAUGCAGCAUUCCUGUACCAAAUCGGCCUGCUGGACGAGAAGCAGAGAAGGCACUUCCAGAAGCUGUGUGAUGAGUGCGUGAAAUACAUCAAGGAGGAGAAGUGGUUUCAAGCCUUUGAAGUGAUGGAUAGACUACUAGAUGGCGACCUAACAAAAGACCCUUCUUACUUCUACAAUGUCACAGGAUGUUCUAAUUACUAUAACAUUUUACAGUGCACGGAGCCUGAGGACCAAAAUUACUAUGAGAAAUUUUUGUCCCUCUCAGAAGUAAGACGAGCCAUUCAUGUGGGAAACCGGACUUUUAACGACGGAUCCAAAGUUGCAAAGUACUUGCGAGAAGAUACAGUGAAGUCAGUUAAGCCAUGGUUAACUGAAAUCAUGAAUAAUUAUAAGGUGCUCAUCUACAAUGGCCAGCUGGACAUCAUCGUGGCAGCGCCCCUGACAGAGCAGUCCUUGAUGGCCAUGGAUUGGAAAGGAUCCCGGGAAUACAAGAAGGCCAAAAAAAAAAUUUGGAAGAUCUUCGAAUCUGAUGCUGAAGUGGCUGGUUAUGUGCGGCAAGUGGGUGACUUCCAUCAGGUCAUCGUUCGAGGUGGAGGACACAUUUUACCCUAUGACCAGCCUCUGAGAUCUUUUGACAUGAUAAAUCGAUUCAUCUAUGAUAAAGGGUGGGAUCCUUAUUGAUGGAUAAGCUACUUUUCUCCAAGAGAACGACAGGGGUUUGAAUCUUUGAAAAGAAAAUUUUCAAAA